AUGGUGGUGUCUCUCCCGGACAUUAACGGCAAGAGCCACACGCAGCCCGCCCCCGCUGAGGACGAGCGCCGCCAGCGGGAUCAGUGGCGUACGGUGCACCGCGUCUGCGGCAGCGCCGUUAGCCACGACGGGUAUCUCAGGAUGCUGCAGGGGGUGCGACAAAAUUUUUUACAGCGUGCGAAGUAUAACCCGAAGGAGCAACUUCCACUCAUUAUGCACCCGAAGCAGCUAUCGGAGGGAAGUGUGGUCGAUGACGCUGGCGCUUCGCGCUUUUCGCAGGGGCUUCGCUUCAAAACGGAAGGUAGUCACAUCAAAACUCGCGCCACUUCUCUGGUGGAACCUCAACAGCCGUUAUGCGUACUGGAGGAGGAGGAGCGACGUCACUUGAUGGACACGGAGCUGUGGGAGCGGCAGGUGCUAAACCAGAUGAUGGUUGUGAGCUACGUCACGUUUGUCUUGCGAGAGGAGUUGGAUGAGUUGCACUUUUGCGAAUGUGAGAAGCGAGCCAACAUCCUCUACGACGAGGAGAAGAAACGUUACUGGCUGCAGAAUGAGUCGGGUGCAAGCAAAGAACUCGUGCGUUUUAAGUCUGCCCUGCGUGCAAAGGAAGAAAAGAAGCGGCGGCUGGAAGAGGCGGAUGUGUUGUACCCUAUGAAUUCGUCCGCGCUCCCCCGUUACGUUUGUCGCCCACCGCAGGAGCCGGACGCACGCAAUAUUCUCCAGCGGUAUGUCAGACUGAAGCAUGGCGCGACCAGCACCACCUCGGCUGCCGCUCACUCCUCGGACCGGCAAAACCCUCCACGGUCCGAGGAGGAAGAACGACAGAGGGAGCUGUCCCCUCUGCUGUUGCAGCCUUUCCAAGCGACUCGUUCUAUGCUGCGCAACACCGUGCGGAAUACCCUUGGCAUUGCUGCCUACGUUGCACUCCUGGAGAAGGAUUUGCAGGCCCGCGGUAUAAUUGAAGAUUGCGAACAAAAGGAGUUUCAGAGCAUCCUGUCCCUGUUUGAGGAGCAUAGGUUCCUCAUUCAAAUGUGGCGGAACAAGCACAUGCACCUUAAGCGUCUGCUCUAUUGGCAGGGCCAACGCGAGGAGCGGCGCCAGCAGGUGCAGUUGGCGUUAGAACAGCUUGCCAUGACUGCCAAGCCACGAAUCGCCUCUGAGUGUGCCGAGUUGGUGGUACAGGAGGAGGAGGGAUAUGAGCGCAUCUGCCUCGAGGAAUCCACCUGCCGCGAUAUGUGGCGGAAGUUGUACGAUAAGGCCUCCAUUGAGGCAAAACUUGGCGCCAUCCUUAACGAACAAGAGAGAAGUCGCGCCUCUCUUGAGGAGGAUGAAAUCAUUGCCCGUCAAUUGUGGAUGCAGCAACUGGAGCUGGCACUCCGUGUGUCAUUGACGCUGGAGUACGAGACGGUGAUGAGCACGGUUAUGCCCUCGCAGAUUGCCGUGCUGCAGUUCCUGCAGAAGCAGCAGACUGAACACGCGGAACAAAUUGUCACAAUUCAACACGCCCUCCAACGCUGGAAGGAGGGGCGGUUGGGCUGGCGCUACACUCACCGCGAGGUUGGACGAAGCAUCCAGGCAACUCGUGAUGCAAGGAAGAUUCAACGGGGCGUAGAGUCGAUGCGUUCAUUCAAGUUGUCUCUGCUGGCGGAUUGCAGGGCCGUGGAGGAGGAACUACGCCUCUUACACGAGGCGGAGCGGGUCGCUGCCUGUGAGAAGGAGGUUAUGCACCGCGCCGUGAUCAACUCCCAGGAGGAGUGGGAGGUGACUGCGCUGUUCCACGAGCGUAGGCAUCGGUUUCUUGAGGAUAUUCUUCUGCCAAAGCAGGCCCAAUACAUCAAGGAGGAGAUGGACCACCGCCGUGAGGUAGACGUCAGGGAGGACUUUGAACGAAGCCGUUUCUGCUGCAUUUUUUACAGGGUUUUGAACAUCAUGAAGCAAAAGCGGCUGUUGAGGGAGCACGAAGAGUCGGAGCGGGUGCUCACCACCAUCGAGGAGGCGGCCGCAUUUUGCCGGAUACUCGACGAGGAGCUUGAUAAUCGUGAAGACCUGCGCAUCGCCACCAUGGAGCGGGAGAGGCAGCAGGAGGAGGAACUCCGUGCACUGGGAGCCUCUCUCCUUGAAAUAAGGCGGCAACACCAGCAAGCCCACGUGGAGAAGAUUGCUCAGCUCUGGAUUCGAUGUAAGGCAGGGGCUCUUGAACUUGGGGCUGUAGAUCCAUCGCCGCGGAACGAACUUUUGAAAAAAUUUCUUGCGGGUCGACUUCAUCUACUAGAGGAGGCAGCACUGCAGUUGCACGAAGCGUGCACCGCCACCCUGCAGCGUGAGCACAACAACUUGAUCCAUACCAUUCACGUGAGUCUUCUUGUCGGGAGUGAGGUGGUGGCUCGUUGUCGGCUUGUGCAGACACAGCAGGACGCAGUGGCAGAGAUUGUCAAUGACAUGCACGACAAAACAGAUGCGAAACUGCGACAGCUUCAGACGGAAACGAAAUCUGCCAACGUGAUUAAACACUUUUUUCGCCGUUAUAGGAAUGGUGAGGUCGGACGAACAGGCAUGCGAAGCUUUCUGCGCGAUGCUUUUGCUGAGAAACGUGAGAAGCUGCAACUGAAGCAGGCAUAUCAAUCGCAGCGAGAGGAUAUUCAGCGUUGCAGAGAUGAACUUGAAAAAGAGGUACAAAUAGCCCGUCUAGAGAAGCAAAAAACUAUUGAACUCAAAAUACACAUAUUGGAGAACAAAACUGAGCGGCGGGAACGCGCCAAUGUGGAGAAUAUGGAACAAAUGGUGUUUAACAUGAUUUUGCGUAACCACCACAUGGGCAACUUCGCUGCGAAGGCGGAUCCCGUGGCGGUACUCUGGCAGUUAGAGUUGUACGGGCGUCUUUCUAUCACGCGCGAAUGGCAGAUGGGCUUUCAGAGAGUCUUAGAACCCCAAAAAUCCAACUUUUUCUUUGAUAUCAACGCUUGCAAGAUACAACGCUUCUGGCGACGCUAUUGGGUGUGUAAGCAGCGUAAGCUUUUUACGAUAGCGUGCAUGGAGCAGCUGCAACGGGACGAGGCACGGGAUCGCGCACAGCUGGAGGUGCUCGAGAUGGAUGGGCGGGUGUGUGAUUUGCUGAAGCCAAUGGAGGGGUGUGCGCUGCUGCGGGGUUACCUAUUAAACGAUGUUCCCUUCUUUUUGGCCCGAUUGUGCUUUGACAUCGCCCUGGAAGUGGGCAUCUAUGAGGACGAAUGGCGGAACCGCAUGCUGCUGCUAUGGAGGAUGAGGCACAGCUUUUUUGAGAACGCCGUGGCCAAAAAAGAGACCUCCGAGAGGGUCAAGAUGCAGCGGUCCUACUUCUUUGCCGGGGUGGAACAGGUGCAGCUAUCAACAGAUGAAAAAACUCUCCGGCAUGCACUGUGGAAUGAGCGCAUCUUUUUUCUUCUUCGCAUGCUGGUGAAGGCAGAGUUUCAGCGGCGUACGCUAAUUGAGAUGGACUUCCAAAACCACAUGAUCGACGUCACAGAACGCAGAGCACAAUGCCACCUCCAGAAACCGUACACCAACACCUUAACAGAAAGCAUUUCGGCGAGCUUCGCAACCCAGCUAGCAGACACAACUGAUAAUAAAGAGACCAGGACACGACAAACAAACAUACAACUAAAACCUAUGCCUGAAACCCUACUAGAGAUUCAUCAGCAUAAAACAUGUGAAGAACACUAUGAAGACACAAGUGGAUCUAACCACGUCACCACGCUCACAAAUGCACUACCUGUCACGGAGGACGCCGCGCCGAUUGUAGAGCAGCAUGCAGAGCAGUGGCAGGAACUGGGCCCCAAGAGCGCAGCAGCGAUCGUGCCGGGUGGGGUUGAACCAGUUCCAAAGACCGCCACGGAGGACGCCGCGCCGAUUGUAGAGCAGCAUGCAGAGCAGUGGCAGGAACUGGACUCCAAGAGCGCAGCAGCGAUCGUGCCGGGUGGGGUUGAACCAGUUCCAAAGACCGCCACGGAGGACGCCGCGCCGAUUCGUAGAGCAGCAGGUGCAGAGCAGUGGCAGGACUGGACUCCAAGAGCGCAGCAGCGAUCGUGCC